AUGAAGUCUUACACUGCAGCUAUUGGCCUCGCCGCUUUCGUCUCCACCGUCGCCGGUCAUGGCUACAUCAAAUCACCGACUGCUCGCUCGCCCGGUGAUGCCAUGCAGGCUGCUUGCGGCCAGCAGGUGUUCAACAUGUUCAGCUCCGACAUCAACGGAAACGUGCAGACCGCCCUCCAGAUUGCCUCUUCCCAAUCUGACUUCGACGCUGCCGCAUGCGAUAUCUGGCUCUGCAAGGGCAUGAAGUACGAGGACAACACGGCGAACGUCCAGAGCUACACCGCAGGGCAAGAGGUGCCCAUUGUCGUCAAUAUCGCUGCUCCUCACACUGGAACCGCCAACGUCUCCAUUGUGAAGGCCAGCACGGACACCAUGGUCGGCUCUAUACUUAAAAGCUGGACCGACUAUGCCUCCACCGCUACAGGAGUUACCGAGGAUGAGACCAACUUCUCCAUCACCAUGCCUACCGAUCUCGGUGACGAGUGCGCCACUGCUGGAGACUGCGUCAUCCAAUGGUGGUGGGACGCCCGCAGCAUCGAUCAGACCUAUGAGUCCUGCAUUGACUUCACCAUGGGCGGAUCUGGCUCCGGCUCUGGCUCCGCUCCUGCUGCAUCGUCCUCUGCCGCAUCCACUUCUGCCCCUGCUGCCACUCCGUCCGCUUCCGCUACCGCCACGCCGACCGUCGCGCAGAAUGUCCAGACCAGCACCGCUACUACCCCAACC